GCUAACUUGUUGCUGCGAGUUUCUUCUCGUGUUGACCGCGGCUGUGUCCGCCGCCUCAAACUGACCGCUUAAAGGACUUACUAACGUCAGGGCUGACCAUGAGCACAUCCACCAUCAGCGGUGCUGACGGAAAGAGGCGCUCCUGUGUGUGUUAAUCAUGGCCACGUCGGAGCCUGAGGAGCGACUCUGCAGGAAAAGUCCCGAUGCCAAACUGACAGUAGAGAGCUGGAAACGCCAUAUCAUACGGCAGCUGAAGUGUCGGGAUAAAGCGCAGAAGACUCUCUUCCAAGAUGUGAUACGCUCAUAUGUGAACCUGCUGGAGAGAUGCACUCAGAAAGCCUUCAUCACCAAAGGGAUUCUGUCAGCGACAAGGCCUCUGCUGCUUCCCUCAUCUGAGGAUUCACUGUCAUCCCUGAAGACAGCCACUGGUGAGCUUGCUUACCAAGUCGUGGAGCUACAGCAGGAGAUAAAAAUCAAGGAAGCUGUACUUGACAAGCAACAUGCCAGGUUGAGUGAGACGCAGGAUGAUUUAAAGGAAGUGCAGUUAGAGCAUGGCAGACUGCGGUCCUGUGUGGCGGAGGUGCAGGAGAGGAACCAGCUGCUGAAGAAUAAAUAUGACUCCCUGCUCGAGUGCUGCCAGCACACAGAGGCAGCCUAUCGCAAGGAGAAGCUUUAUGGCUCUGAACUGUUGGAGGACAUGAUCCGCUGGAAACAGCAGGCCGCUGCUCGCAUGAACUCGCGCAACGAGAGGAGAGUCAGAGCCAGAGAGGCUGGUAUUCAUAGAGAGCUUGAAGUAGCUGCUAAUAAGAAGGUGAACAUUUAUGAAGUACCUCAAAGUGCAUCUUUACCAUCAUCGCCUUCAUCACAGAGGAGUGAGAGUGGAGAGAGGCUGGAGAGAAGCCGUGGACGACUUUUCAGGUCUGCUUCAGCAACCUCGCCCCGAAUUCUCAGCUCCAUCAGAGAUCUGUUUGAGAAGAAAAGGCGAGGCAAUUCCGUUUGUAGUUUGGAAGAGGACUUCUGCGCUCCUCUAGGAAUCUGUCUAGCUGCUAGAGUUCCAGCCAGAGCCAUUUACACACUGGACGCACAUGAACUGGGAAUCAAUGCGGCCAGAUUCAGCCCAAGAUCAAACCUGCUGGCUACUGGAGGCACAGACAGAGUCAUUAAACUGUGGGACAUCAAAGCAGGUGUGCUGCACAACAGAGGGACACUAGAGGGGAGUAAUGAGGGCAUCACCAGCAUUGAGUUUGACUCUACGGGCACCCGAAUAUUAGCUGCGUCAUACGACAAGUCAGCUCUGUUUUGGAGGCUGGAUGACUGUGUUCCCAAGUUUACGCUGACAGGCCAUUCUCGCAAAGUGACCGCAGCCAGGUUUAAGUGCAACUACAGGCAGGUGGUGACAGGGAGCGCUGAUAGAACAGUGAAGAUCUGGGACCUGCACCGUGCUGCCUGCAUACAAACCAUUGAGGUGUUGUCGUACUGCAGUGAUGUGGUGUGCUCUGAGUAUUACAUCAUUAGCGGCCAUUAUGACAGAAAAAUACGUUUCUGGGACAGCAGGGCAGCAAGCUGCACACAGGAGGUCCCCUUACAGGGCAAAGUUACAUCAUUGGACAUCUCUCCCAACCACAGGGAGCUGUUAAGCUGCUCAAGGGAUGAGAGCCUGCAGUUGGUGGACUUGAGGAUGAGCAACACCAGGAUGGCCUUCAGGGCAGAAGGUUUCAAAUGUGGAAGUGACAGUACCAAGGCCAUCUUCAGUCCAGAUGGAUGUUACCUGGCGGCUGGCUCUGCAGAUGGUUCUCUGUACGUGUGGAACGUUAGCACAGGCAAGCUGGAAACCCGACUCCCGGAUAUGCACAGAUGCUCAGUUAAUGCUGUGGCAUGGUCAAUGUCGGGCGAGUAUGUGGUGAGUGUAGAUAAGAGCAGGCGAGCCAUUCUCUGGAGUGACGUCUGAACCUGGAGACACAAGGCUCUGCUCCCUGUUGUUGGAUUGCCCACCAGUCUCAAUAACCUUCGGUCAUCCAUCUUCAGCAUGUGAGGAACAGUCCAGCAUGCUUUAUCAUCCAACUAUACUCCUGUGUUUCAGUGCAGACAAUGCUACACAAGCCAGCAUGCAAGCAUCAAGUUGGUUUGACUUUCUACAGCGUUUUGGAUCCUUCAGAUACCUCUCUGUUGAUUAUUUUCAUAAAUUACUGACACUGAGUGUGCAAAAGCAUUUGUUUGCCAACAUUCACAGUGCUGUUCACAAAUAUUGGAAGAGUCAAAAUUUCACUCAUACCCUCAAACUGUUUGGCUUUGUCAGAAAAGACUAAUGCCAAGAAACGUAUGAAGAGAGGUGCCCUGUACUUUUUGCCGUAUUUGUAUUUCCAUCGUUAAUGUUCACUACUUCAGUACACAGAAAUAUGCAAAUUCUAUUAUGAUGUUUAAUAUAUUUCUGUAUUUAUAAUAUAUUUGAUCUUUGGGCAGUGAUUCCACUCCGAGGGCUUUUAGUGGACUUUUUUUAGCCAGAUACUUUUACAUACUCAAGAUAUCCAGUGGAGUUUCUCAAGGGAACGCUCUGAUUUGUUUACAUUCUAAUUUGGACUGUGUGUGCUCUUGGUGCCUAAACUAAAAGGUGAAUAAAUGUCUUACCAUAAUGCAAA